AUGUGGGACUCAGGGACUGAACUUAAGCGCAUUGGGCUUGGAAACUUAUCUGUCAUGCUCCUGACUGCUCUGCACGACUUUCCAGCAGACGUGCAAUGUGAAGUAUCCAAUGUGGGGUUAAACGACACUGUUGGGCCAGCUGAGACUAGUUCAUUUAAAGAGGCAGCAGAAGGGCUUGUUGGAUUAGGAGGAGCAGGUCUGCACUUACAGCAGAGGCCAAGCAAAUUCUCUGUCCCCUUGGCUCCUGAAGAAGGCUUAGCAUGUGCCUUGCAACUGGAGGAAGAAGAGAAGGAGAAUAAAGAGGAAUUUGUGUGUUCAGCUCAGGCUCCAGAAGUGAAGGAGGAAGGGAAUGACCUUGGGGAUCCAGCCAUAGUGCGUGCCAUCCAAAAUAUCCAACUACCACAGCAGAGAGGGCUGCACAGUUCCCCCAGAGUCAAGGCCUCUGGUACCUUAGGGAUGUCACCAGCCUCCUUGCAUUUUCUGUGGCGGUCUGUGUUUCCAAGAGCCAGUUCUCCAGCCCAUCAUUUUGGACCUCAACAGCCUUCGCCAGAUCCUUUUCUGUUCUACAGCCCACUGACUCCAUGGCCCCCCAAACUCAGCCUUCCCAGUCACCUGACCCAGCUCCACCCUCAGCACCAGCAGAUCCUGCAGCAACAGCAGCGGAGGAGUCCAACAGCAAGAAGUGUCCCCACCCAGAAGCCUUGGUCUCGUGAGUCGGAUACCUAUGCUAACCUCAUGACCCGGAAAGAGAAGGACUGGGUGAUAAGAGUGCAGAUGGUUCAGCUGCAGAGCGAGAACCCCCGUCUGGAUGAUUACUACUACCAGAAGUACUAUCAGAAGCUAGGGAAGAGACAGGCAGACAAAGAGCUGCUUGGACAGAGGAACAGGGAUGAGUCUCUCAAGUUGGUCACGCCUUACAUCCAGAAGUCGGAAGUUUAUGAGUCAGUGGUACGGAUUGAGGGUUCCCUGGGCCAGGUAGCUGUAUCAACAUGUUUUAGCCCUCGCCGAGCUAUUGAUGCUGUAUCUCACGGAACUCAAGAGCAGGAUACAGGAGCCGCAAGCAGCCAGAGGCUUCGGGUAUUAUCCCAGAUUGAGAAGAUGUUCCUUCAGUUACUAAAAAUAGAGGAGGGCCAGAAUGAUGGGCUCCCACAACUCUACCACUCACGGGAACAGAUCAACCAGGUUGAGAAGCUCUUUCAGGCCUUAAAGACCCAGGAGCAGAGCAACCUGGAGGAGGCAGCAGAUAACCUUCUGCAGGUGCUGUCUGUGAGGAAAGGGAAAGUUUUGGUGGCUCGGCUGCUCCCCUUCCUGCUCCCGGAUCAAGCCAUUAGCCUCCUCCUGUCUAUCACCUGCCAUCUGCCCCUCCUGAUCCAGAGGGACAUGGCUGACCAGGGUCUACACAUGCUAUUCAGACCUCUGGGGAAAUACAUCAGUCACUUGACCUUCCAUCAGCUCCUCCAUGCACUGCAAGGUCUAAUGUUGCUAUCGUCGGGCUCCUCAGAGCGGCCUAUCUCUGUGGUACUUCAGAAUCAGUUUGGGAUAUCUCUGCUGUAUGCCUUGCUGAGUCAUGGAGAGCAGUUGGUAUCCCUAGAUUCUUCCCUCCGGUCCAGCAGCGACUGCACAGCUUGGACAGACUUGGUGAUUCUGAUUGCUUGGGAGAUAGCUCAGUUGCCUGCAGCAUCUUUGGCAGAACCUCUAGCCUUCCCCAGGAAUCUGCUUCCCUGUUCUGCCAUCACAUGGACAAACAAUUAG